AUGUUUUGGGAAGAGAAGCCAGAUGAUGAAGUUGUCGCCGAUCUCAAAUUCUUAGUGGAAAAAGAUCGUUUUGAUGAAGUGGUCACUCAUCCACUCUGUUUCCAGGAGAUUCGACAAAAUUCAGAGGUUUUACUAAAUUAUUUAACUCAAGGAGCGAAUUUGAAAAGGCUUUUGGACAACUCGAUAUUCAGAGUGCCAGAUCCAAAUGUCGACCCGGUGGAUCAAUUCAAGUAAGUAGUUUCUUGAAUUGCAUAUUUUAUUUUUAAGGAGUUCCCCGUUUUCAAUUUCCAUAUUAUCAAUGGCAAGUCCUAUCAUCAACCAAGCGCUGAUGGAUGAUGCUGAUUUGUGGCCAUUGAUACGUGACUAUCUCAAGGAUUCGGACAGAAAACCCUAUAUAAAUCACGUGACCGUUGGAUUUUACAAGAGACUCAUGUUGAAUCUUGUUGUCGGCACAAGUGAAUUUGAUCUCACAGUAGGUUUUGACUUUUAACCGCGCUUUGAAAAUAUUUUUUUUAAUGUUACUUAAAAUGGUUUCUUUAGCUUUACGAGCAUUUGGAUCAAUCCGGGUUUGUCGAUGAUAUGAUUCAAAAUAUGAAGUAUGGUGCCGUUGCUGAGCUUAUGGUUAGAUUUCCGAUGCACGGAGUGUGCGAAGUUGUUCAAGGUGCUAUAUUUAAAGUACGCGUUUUGUUAAUUACAUUGUUCUCCUGUUUUAGAUGUAUGUUAAGCAUGAGCUUCCCCUCAAAUUAAUGAGAUUGCUGAACCGCGAGACUUCUGAUGACGUCCUGGAGAACCUAGUCUUUGUGUUCUCCGAAUUGGAUGAGAUGCAACUAAAGAAUUGUUUCUCAGCGCAGCCUUUCUCUGAUCUUUUGUUUGGCUCUGAAGCUCUGGCUAUUCUUAUGGAAGCAGCUUUUCCACAGGAUCUUGGUAGUUUUUGUCCUCGGGUUACCAUUGCUGCAUGUGUAAUGCUGUUAAUGUUUUUGGAUCUAAACCAUUCUCCAGAUGAACCUGCUUUUAUGAUAAACCCUGAGUUAUAUAUGAAGGAGCCACAGGACGAAGUGUAUCAUGGAGCAUGUGAAUUGGAAACAAUGAUUGCUAUUAAGGCGAAUGACAUAAUGAAUUGUUUGCUAUAUUGCCUUGAGGUAUGCAUUGGUCGUUGUUUCUUAAUUCUGUUUUUAGACGAAUGAUGAUGAUUGUAUACAAGCCGAAAUCAGUUGUGUAGCUGUGCUGCAAGGACUUGUGAAUUCUCGGUUUUUCUCUACCCACGAUGCAUUGAGAAAAGUUUUAAGUAAAGAGGAAACUUCUUGGCGGAAACUGAUUGAAGUGAUCCACGCCCAUCCUGAAGCCAGUGUUCUUACGACGAGAAUUGUCAACCUUUUUGGUUACAUGUUGUUUUCCAAUCCAAACAUGGAAUCCUUCCCCUUGGUGGAUCUCAUCUUAGGUUAUGAAGGACUUUACCAGAUGAUUCCAGAAAAGAUAAACAGCUUUCCUCCUAAAGACAAGUUGACGUUCUCUCAGAGAUGUGAAUUGGCCGCCUUUGUUCAGUUGGGCUUGCACUUGAAGGAAGCCGAAAAUAACGAGACGCUGGUUGGGAGAUAUGUGUCAAUGCUGGUCGGAGGUACGGUAGUAUUAUCUCCGCUAUUUAUUAUGUUUAGAUACUAAUUCCGCGGCUGCUUGGAACGAGUUGUCCAAUACUACUCUCAAAAGUUUCAUCGACAAUACGCAAUCGGGCAACAUUGCCAACACUACUGAUCGAUCUGUGGUCGUGGAUGAGCUCGAGGGAAACCGAGACAACGAAGAGUUUUCACUGGUUGACCUCAGUUCUACUAAAGAGCGCUCUUUUAAUGUUAUUGAACGGGAGAUUAAGUGGCCUGAAACCCAUGUCAUCAACUUCGACGGCCCGAGGUCAGAUGAUCGUGAAUACUGUGAGAAUUAUUGGGCUGACAUGGACGCUGGAGGAUUUAAAAGGGGUUUUUGUGGUGACACCUCAACCAAAAGAGACGAUGACGAUAAAGAAGCAGUCGAAGAAGUCCUAGGCGAAUUGAAGGAAGAGUUGAACAAGAUCGCGGACGCCGGAGAUGAGUGGGGAGACGAUUCUGCAAUCGCUGAUGACUUCCCUCCCAUUUGCAAUAGUCCACAUGCCAAAGAAGUAGUUCAAGAGAACCGCAUUGAUAAUAAAACGGAAAAGUUCGAAUCGCCUGGAGUUGUUUUGGAAAGACUUGAUUCAGGAAAGAGUAUGUAAUGAAAUAUUAUUGCAAUUGUUUUUUAGGAACCCCUACCAGCUCAAGGUUUAACCCCGCUUUUUCCUCUCCUCCAUCUUCUCGUUUCGAACCCGACGCCUCAGAAACCCCAAAGACGACUCGAAAUGCCAACAGAGAUGCCUAUGGUAAGUUUGAAAGUCCAUAUUCUUCUAAAUUGUUCAUACUUUAGUGGUCACCGCCGACGAUUCGCUGUUCCCUGAAUUUACAGAUGAUUCCCGUGAGAAUUCGAAGUCUCUGUUGGAUGCCUCGGAUGACUGGUCGAUAUCUCUUCAUGUAUCUCCGAAGGAAGAAGCCGAUCAAGGGGAAGAACCUCCCACGUCUUCCUCCUCGACUUCUAAUACGAAAACUGAUGCUCAAAUUUCUCAGCCCGAUGAUUGGCCAACUUCCCCGGUCACCUCAGCACCGAAUAAUGCCUGGCCCACCUCUCCAGACCAUUCUUCUCCUUCUCAGAGCACUGGCUGGGCUAAGUUCUAA